GACACCCGCCAGGUAGUGGAGGUGUAUAAAUCCGGCUUCGACCCUCCAGGUGAUGUAGAGUUUGAAGACUACAGCUCCACCAUGAGGCGCAGCAUCUCUGAAUCCAGUUACCUUGACAACCGAACAGAAGGACGGAGACACAGCCGGAAGCUUUGGCCGUUCAUCCGUAAGAACAAGCUGUUGACCCUUCUGUCGUCUCCACGGCAACCCCCUCCCCCCCCCCCCACCUCUCCUUCACCUGGAGGCAUGGCUCAGUCCCCGCCCCCGGCGUCCAGAGAGCCAAUCACACAGCGGCUCAAUGACCUCAUGACAUCUGGAUCCAGAACCAGGAAGCAGUGUCUCCGCAGCCUCAAGAGAGGGCUGUCACUCAAACUGGGCUCCAGUCCUGCAGACUGCAGCCAUCUUCCUCCAGAACAACGACGCAAGAAACUUCAAACCAGAAUCAACAACAUCAACCAAGAGAUCCAGAGAGAGAGAGAGCAGAGAGACACGCUGCUGAAGAUGAGGGAUGUGUAUGAGCGAAGUCCUCAGAUGGGAGACGCCAACAGUUUGGAACCUCGACUGGACGAAGUGAAGCAGAGUUUGCAGAGACUGGAAGACGAGCUGCGAAAAAACCAGACGUGGCUGGUGGAGGCCGACAGCAGACUGUCAGAUCACGGCAGCAGGAGGCAGAGUGGAGCAGGUUGUGGGUUAAAUUCUCAGGCGACGACGCCAGGCAGCACGAGCCUGAAACAUCUGGACAACCGCAGUCCAGCCAGCAGAGAGAGUCCUGAUGGCAGCUACACCGAGGAUCACAGCACAGAGCUUCACUUUAAGUCUCGUAGUUCAGAAUUUGAAAACGACUUUGACGAUGAAGAGCCGUUACCGAGUAUCGGUACCUGCAAGUCCCUUUAUCCUUUUGAAGGUCAGAAUGAAGGAACUCUGUCCCUGGUGGAAGGAGAACUACUUUCUGUGGUGGAAGAAGACAAAGGUGACGGCUGGACCAGAGUCCGGCGGAACCUGGAGGAGGAAGGUUACGUCCCGACUUCCUACAUCAAAGUCUUCCUGGAAGCCAAAGGCUUUGUGCAGAGUAGUCGGCUAGUCUAG